CUGUAUCCUCAGUGUGGGUUUGCUGUAACCCCCAAAGAGAAAGGAGCCCCCCAAAAAUCUCUUGGAUUCCCGCAGUGGUUCAGCUGAAGGUCUCAAGGUUGUGGUGCCUCGGAGCAUCGUCCCAGCUGGACGUGCCCCAAGUCCCUGUAAGGGAUGAGGAGCUGCUUGUCCUGCUGCCACAGGGACACAGGAUCUGUGCCCAGGGACGGAUCCCUGCUCCCUGCCCCAUGUCUGACACCUGUGGCUCUCUCUGUGUCCCCAGCUGAUGUCCCUGCCGAGCCCUGCAUGGCCUGGGGUCCCUCCGAGGGAUGAAGAGCUGGCACAGGGACGCAGGAUCUGUGUCCAGGGAUGGAUCCCUGCCCUGUCUCUGACACCUGUGGCUCUCUCUGUGUCCCCAGCUGAUGUCCCUGCCGAGCCCUGCAUGGCCCCAGCAGGACGAGCCCUCUCCCUGCGGCACCACCGGGGGCCUCCCCCCGGCCUCGUCCGACAGCGACUCCGGCUGUGCCCUGGAGGAGUACCUGGAGCCCCCCGAGGUGCCGCCGUGCUCGCCCCAGCCGGGCUCUGACCGUGACCGGACGCGGCUCCGCGCCAGAGCGCUCCUGCAGCAGCUGCCGCCCCAGGACUGCGAUGUGAGACCCCCUCCUCUGGCUGCUGCUCCCCUCCCCGCGCCCACCUGGGGCUGACAUUACCCAAAAGCAGAGGCCGGGCCGAAUUAAGGGAGUAAAAAGCAGUUUUAUUCAUUAUUCGGCUGCCCUAAAUGCAGCUGAAGCCCACCCAAAAAUGGACCACGGGGUCAUGGGGUUUUCGCACUUCUAUAAGUUUGGGCCAUUUGCAUAUUGGGGGUCAAUAAAAGUAAUGAAAUAAUUGACCCCAAGUUUGCUGCCCCAACUCCCUUUUGUUCCCAUCUCUCAGGGCCUGACCAGUGAAGUGUGGUUGAUUCCCAGGCCUGGAGAGGAAUUGUGUAAAAAUGGGAAAGCAGCAGCUCACACUGUUUGUGGAGUUUAGAGUCUACCACUAAAGUUUAGACCUUAUCUCCCUGGCCUCAUCUGGUCUUGAGAUUACCCAAAAACAGAGGCCAGGCCAAAUUAAGGGAAUAAAAAGCAAUUUUAUUUAUUGAAGGGCCUUCAGGUGCAUUUAGGGCAGAUGAAGCCCACCUAAAAAUGGACCACGGGUCACAGGGUUUUCACACUUUUGUAUAUUGGGGGUUAAUUUUCCAAUUACACCUUCAGGUAAUGAAGUCAUUGACCCCAAGUUUGCUCCCUUUUGUUCCCAUCUCUCAGAGCCUGAGGCGGUGAGGUGAUUGAUUCCCGGGCCUGGAGAGGAAUUGUGUAAAAAUGGGAAAGCAGCAGCCGACACUGUGUGUGGAGUUUAGAGUUACACACUAAAGUUUAGAGUUAUACACUAAAGUUUUAGAGUCUACCACUAAAGUUUAGAGUUAUACACUAAAGAAUUACAGGAUUAUAAAUGUCUGGAAAAGAUAAAAGCUAAACUCCUAAGGAAGGAUGAGAUUGCGACUCCUUCUCAGCCAGUGGACAGGACAAAUAGGUUGUUGGUGAUGAUGAGGAUGAGUAUGGCGAUUAGGAAGAAUAGUAGAUAGGUGAAAAAUUUUGCAAUGUAGGGGUCUGAGGCCACAUGUAGGAUAGAUCAUGAUACAAAUAGUGCAAUGAGGAAGAA